AUGGGCCAGCUUAAUUCACCAUCAUUGCCCAAAACAAAAGAAAAACAUGGCGCAAAAUUAGUACAAAAUAAAAUUGAACCAGUGGUCUUACAGUCUCCACCAAUAGCGGAAUCUGUGGCACGGUAUUCUUUGCCUAUUCCAUCGAGUAAGACAAAUGAAUUAGUAGGAGAAGGUGAAGAGAACAGGACUAUCAAGCAUCUGAAGUUGGUUGUUCCUACUUUGGAAAAAGUCUAUGGAUUUGGCUUUGAAAAUGAAGAACGAGUACUAGGAGAAGCAGUCAAGGAAGAGCACCAUAUUUUGGAAUCUCUGUUUAAGUGGUUUCAGCGACAGUUCAAUAAUGGAAGACAUAGUCUUUUAGAAAAAGAUCUUCCAGCACCUGAUAAAACUGUCAUGGUAAACAUUACACAAAUAAUAACCUUAAUGCAAAAACUACAGAAACUGAGAAAUGUCUUCAAAGUUGGGUCUAAAUACUCCUUGAAAUCCAUGAUGUCUAAAUCAAUGAGGGGUGAAGAAAAACUAUUGACAAAAGUGGAUAGCUGUGAAACUGUGGAGCGGCAAAUUGAAGAAUUCCUAAAAACUCACUCUACUGAAGAAUCUGUGGAUCUUUCUGCAACAGAACCACAAACUUCUUAUUCAGUGACUAAUCAGUUGAAUGCAAUGUUGAAAAUGUUUGAAAAGGAGGAAAGUGAAUUGGAGAGAGCUAAGAAUGAUCAAAUUUUGUUAGAGGCUAAAUGCAAACAGAUGCAAAGUGAUUUUGAAUUGUUGUUAGAGGAGAACUCAGUGAUGGAAAAUGAAUCACAAAAGUUGAAGGAUACAGAGAAAAGCCCACAGAAAACAAAGCCUACACAUGAUCAAACAAAGAAAACUGUUAAACCUGAGAAGAAAAAAGGCAAAGAAAAAUCUGAGGAUUCAGAACAGAAAAUGCCUAUAGGCCAAGAGCUUAAAGUGAAAGAUUUUGCUUCAAGUCCAGAAAGUAGCAGAUGA